CCGGCCUAAAAAUUGACCCUUGAGCCUUGGAGCAGCAUCCAGUCUGUAAAUUCAGCGUUUCCCACAACAUGAAAGCCCUCGGUUUGCUCCGGAGGGGUCCGAUCACCGCUUCACUCCGGCCAACACUUCCCGCAGUCCUUGACUUCCUCGCGCCUUCCACGCUACAAACCCGUCGCCAAUACAGCUAUAUGGCUACGCAGCAGUCCAGAGCGAACCCCAGCACAUCACAGCAGACUUAUGGGUCGUCAAAGCCAAAGUAUGUUCUUAACCAGAAACAACGCGAGUUCCUCGACAGAGCCCUCCGUGUCAACCAGGCCGGCGAGCUAGCAGCCACCUUAAUCUACACCGCGCAGACACCACAAGUCGUGCGUUCUCAUCCUCACCUACGGCCAUUGAUGAAACACAUGUAUGAUCAGGAGGUCGGACACUUCAAUACCUUCAACCAUCUCAUUGCGAAACAUCGAGUGCGACCGACGGCUAUGUACCCGGUAUGGGAAGUUGCAGCGACAUUUCUGGGCUGGUCGACCGGUGUGAUGGGACGCGAGGCAGCUAUGGCCUGCACGGAAGCCGUGGAAACAGAGAUUGGAUCGCACUAUAACGAUCAAGUGCGGGAAAUAUUGUCUUGGAAGGCGGAGGCCGAAAGCCGGGGUGAAGAGCUUGAUGAGGAACUUGAGGAAAUGCUGGUGACUUUCCGACGGAUUCGCGAUGAGGAGCUGGAGCAUCUGGACCAUGCUGUUGAAAACGAUGCGAAGGAAGCCCGUCCAUACGAUCCGCUGGUCAACGUCAUCCGCUACGGAUGCAAGGCAGCCAUCAAGAUCAGCGAGCGGGUAUGAACAUCAAUAAGCCAUCUUCGAGAUAUUUGUCACGAUACAGCCAAAAAUUCUUGUAAAAUCUUGGUUUACUGCUCCCAGGCGAGACACCACUGCUGACAUGUCCGACAUACUGUAUUUUAUUGUAUUAUAUACAUUCGAUGCUCACGCUUAAAGCGUCU